AUGAUCAAUCUAUAUCCUAAGGAAAAUAGGGGAAAAACAUUGGAAAGGCGAGUCCGUCCUCAAACACCCGAUAAAAAGGAAGCCCCUAGGAACCCAGAACUAGACCAGGAUAUUUUAGUCCACCUAUCAGGAAGGGGGUACCUAAAACAAUUACCACAGGACAGAAUAAAAAAGAAGGAGUUAAAUACAGGUAAAAUUAAGUAUAAAACAACACCUUAG